AUGGAUUGGGAGCAAAAUUUUAUCAGUAUCGCGAAAACGAAGAAGAAAUAUACACGAUGGCAUACGCAAAUCAUCAGUGAGGAAGAAAACACUGAUAAAGGAACCAGAUCGAGAACUGAAGAUGAAGAGGAGGCUGAGGACCAAAAAACACAGGUGAAAAAGCCAGAGAUAGUGGAUGUGGAAAUGAGCACCACUGAAGACGAGGAGCCGCGAAAUGAGAAUCACUUACAAAGAAAGGAAGAAAGCAGAGAAAGGAUAAUAGGCACGCGUGACAAAUAUGUAGUUCGAAAACAACACGAGGUAACGCUCAAGGCAAGAAAUCACGCGGUAAACAGCCAGGAGAGUACCCCCAAGCUAUCAGAAGGGAGAGGCAACAGCAAAACAGGUACGAGUCGAGCGCGAGAAGAGAGCUCAGUAUCACGGAGCGAGUAUACAAGCGAAUAUCGAGCGUCGGAAAAUCCUGUGAAUACUAAGAGAACGAUAUUAAAGCGACUAUACGACCUGGCAAGCAACUCUCACGGUAUAACGACUUGGAAUACGGACGAAACAAGCUCUAUGCUGAUUAAUCCAAGGGGAGCAAUGGAAGCUAUUCCCAAGACUAUGGAGCCCAUGACGUUAGAGAUGAUAGAGGCUCAGAUUACCCGCGACAUGGAGCACGACAUCAAGGAAAUUCGGUCGUAUUGGGAAAGAGUGCGCGAACUCCGUACCACACAAGUCAAACUAGAUCAAGUAAAAAAAGCUAACGCGAAAUGGGAGGCUGAUAGACAGAUGGACCAAGACUCUGCAGAGCUCCUUCGUGAGAUGUUGGCAAACGUAGAGGACGCAACCUACGUGCACCGGAUGACAAAUACUUUACCAAUAAAGAUCGAUGGAUCGGACAAGACACUGGGCAACUUAAUGGUGACUGUGCAUAUAGAUGACAACAUGGAAGAGGAACUAAAAGACAAACGAAUCCUAUUCAACCUAGAAUAUGUGAACGAAAGUACGAGGUGCCAUAGCAUCCGAAUGGAAUCUCAAGACCACAUGGAGGAUGUUCGGAACACGGUAAUCCAGCAGAAAGAACAGAAGGUGGACGAAUAACAAGCAGAGUACCAAGGAAAACACGGCAGCACCAGUGCUAAUAACGCCAGCGGCCAAGAAAGGGAUGACCCGCCAAGAAAGAGAUGAUCCAACCACCCAUCCAUAUGACCACGGGACAGACCAUGACGGAUAUCAACAGGAUCAGGAUCACGCAUAGAAACAUAUCCGUUAAGAAAAGCCUAACAUUAGAUUUUAAUUAAUGUUACCCACGGGGGACGAUAAAGUUUGGUGUAUUAUUUAAGUUUAUGACAAGCGUCGGUUACGAUGUCGCCAAGAUAAGCUAUUGAUGUUACAAAAGUGGUCCCGUCGUCACGUGGCGGAUUAUUAACUUUUUAUUGAGUUUUUUAUUUGACUUUAUUAAUUAUAUAUUAUGACUUAUCUAUCUUUAUCCAUACGCAAAAUAUGAUAAGGGAAAUACUAUAUCUAGUGCAAAUAAAGAAAUUUUUUGGUUUAGGCCCAGUUUCACAACUCACGGUUAACUCUUAACCGAGAUUCAACUAUAUGUCACCUUUUUCUGUAGAAUUGAAAAGAGAUAAUAAAUAAGUUGAACUUCGCGCGCGGUUAAGAGUUAACCGUCAGUUGUAAAACUGGGCCUUAGAGCUUACGA